AUGAUUUUCAUAGCUAAAUAUAAAAACAUAUAUUCCCUAGAAUAAAAACACUUCAAAUUUAUCAGAGAUAAAUCAUUUGGAGGUUUUUACGAAAGAGAAUCGAAAUAAAAUAAAAUUUUCUAUUACGUAGAAUUAGUCAAAUACAUAUUUUUAGAUGAAAAUUCUCCUUUUAAAACAUUUUAACCGAAUAAUUUAUUUAUUAUAACUUGGGAAACUAUUUUAUUUUGUUUUUUACUUUUUUUAGUUUUUUAUAUUCCUUUGUAAGUUUGCUUUAGCUUCUAAAACAUUUACAUAGAGACUUCCACAAUGUAAAAUUUUAUGAAAUUAGCCCCUUAUUUAUUAACAUUGGAUAUGCUCAUAAAUAUAAAUACAGCUUAUUAUGAUAAAGGGAUUACUAUAAAUAAUAGACAAUAAAUAAUAGUAAAAUAUUUAAUGUUUAAAUUUUGGAUAGAUAUAAUAACUAUUGUUUCUUUUAUCUUUUAAUCUUAAUAUAAACUUUUGUUUUUAUUAAGAUUAGUUUAAGUAAAACACCUUAUUAAUAAAUUGGAUGAGAAUUAUUAGAUUUAGUAUAAAAUGCCUAUUACUUUCUAACUUUAGAAAUUACUUUUGGUAGUUUUAUUGGUUUCUCAUAUGUGUGCUUGUGGAUUCCAUUUUAUAUUGAAAUAUUCUACAGAGGAACAAAACACUUGGAUUAAAAAUAUAAAUGCGGAAAAUACUGAUUGGAAGGAAAGAUAUAUCAACUCUUUAUAUUUUUCUUUUACAACAAUGAUUACUGUUGGAUUUGGAGAUAUUGUUCCGAAAAAUGUAAAUGAAAAAAUUUAUGUUAUUAUUGUGUAAGUUAUAUCUUGUGGAAUUUUCGCCUAUGUAGUAAAUUGUAUAGGGAGUAUUUUUUCAGAUAUUGCUAGAAAAAAUGCUGAAUUUAAGCAAUAGAAAUAUGAAAUAACAGAUUAUAUGUUAAGAAGAAAUAUAACAAAGGAUACAUAAAUGAGAGUUAUUAAAUAUUUAGAAUAUAUACAUAUAUCUUCAGAUGUAGGACAUAUGAAAGGAUAUAAUAUUCUCAAUUUAGUUUCUAAAAGAUUAAGAGAUAAUAUUUAUAAAGAAUACUAUGGCGAUAUAUUAUAAAAUUUUAAAAUUUUUAGUAGAAAAUUUAGUAAAGAUUUCUUGAAAUAAUUUAGUAUUCAUAUUAGAGAAUUUACACUUGGGCCAGGUGAAGUUUUAUUUAAUUAAGGAGAAUUAGAUUAAAGAAUGUUUUUUAUUUAAAAUGGAGAUAUUGAAUUAUAUAUUGAUUUAUAAGAAAAUGCGCGAUAAGAUAUAAUUUUGAAUACUUUAAAAGUUUUUUUUUUUUUAUUAUAUAUAUAUUUAUAUUUUUUAUUUUUAAAGUCAGGUGAUUAUUUUGGCUAAGAUAGGUUUUUUGUACACGAAGAAUGCAAGUAUUCAGCAAGAAGUGUGAAUGUAACGUAAUUAGUAUUUUGGAAUUUCGAAGAUUUUUUAAAUAUAAUAAAAUAAUUUCCUAAUGAUUAUGUAUAUAUAUAAAUUAUUAUUUUUAAUAUAUUAUAUUAUUUUUCAAAAAAGGAGAUAUUUUGUUCAUUUAAAGAAAAAAUAAACUCAAAAGAUGAAAUGUUAGAUAUUAACUGCAAUAGUUGUGGAAAGUUUAAUCAUUAAAUAAUUAACUGUCCUUUAUUACAUUAUGAUAUAGAUAAAGAUGUCCAUUUAAAACGAUAUAUGCAUUCUAUACCGCAGGAAAGAAAACAAAAUAAAAAUUAAUUUAUUUAAAAAAAAUACAAAACAUUAAAAAAUUACAGUAAAAUAAAAAGAAAAUUUAAAUUAUUUCAAAAAUAUAAUAAAAUUAAAGAAUAAAAUCAAUGUAAACUAAGAAAGUUGAGAUUAAAGUUAGCUGAAUGAGACGAAGACUAAUUUGAUGAAUAUUAAACAGAUAGAUUAUUUUUAAUGAAUAUACCAAAGCCUUAUAUGUCAAUAGAUUUAAAAUACAGAUCUAUAUAAAAUUUAAUUGAUGUCGAAGAAGAAGAAUAAGAGGAAGAUUAACAUGAAGUAGAUUGUUUUGUAGAUUUUGAUGAUUUGACAGUAAAUUAAGAAGAGCAAACUGUAAAUACAAGCAUUUAAUCUUAAAAAUAAUCAUUAAAAUAAAACAAAUCUUAAUAAAUAAUAUAAUCUACAG